AUGGAGGACCUUCACGGUUUCGAGGCAGUAACUUGCGGAAGUACAUGCUCGUUUUGUUCAAAGGUUGGUGCAUCAUGUGACUUGAACGGACCAAUCAACAGCCUGGGAUCUUUGACGCUUCCGUCAACAAUACGAUAUCUGAAACUCACAAACUUCUCCGACCUACAGUAUGGAUUGCCCAUCACUCAAGCCGAGUAUCCUCUUUUGACAAGACUACUUUUAUCCGGGAAUGGUAUAUCUGCCAUCGGGCAACGUGUGUUCAAAAACAUGACAUCUUUACGAACUUUAGACCUGUCAGGGAAUAAGAUAACCACUUUAGCCAGAGGAUCUUUCCAAGGCAUGCCAAGACUUCAUCACUUGUAA